UGCAUUUGAAAUAUGACUAUUUGAAUGGUUUUCGAAGUGUUACGUACUCGAUGUAUCUGCGCUCCGUGUGGACUCAUAGACUGUAGACAGUUGUAAUCCAAUCGCGGGCUUUGUACGACGUCUGCGUGAAGUAGCCGACAGAGAACAAUAUAUAGAUUUUUAUUUUUCACAGGACAACCUGUAUUUCUAAUUGGUUGUGUAUUAAUAGUGGUAAUUGAUUAACGCUUCUAAAGUCUGGAGAAGGAUACAUAGCGAUCCGUUUAUGAAAAUGUAAAUAAGGAUUAUUCAAGACACAACGAAGUGAAGUCAUAAAUUGCAGUCUACAGCUACGGACUGAUGCUACAUGAAAUGACCGAGCCGAGUUGAAUCAAGCGCUAUGAUCGCUUCUAGCGACCUCACGCCAACAUGGCCGACGAAGAAGAAAAUCUACCAAUACCUCCCACAUUCCUCGAGAAACUUCUCUUCUACACAACAGCGACCUUUGUCCUUCUCGCUAUCUUCAGCCUCUUCGCCUUUUUAUUCUUAGUACCCUUUGUAAUAGAACCUGCUUUUACAACCAUAUUUAUGCAAUUCGAUCCAGUGGCUGCGUUAUGCGUCACUGUAGAAGUAAAACACUUGGUAGGGGCAAGUAAUUGUUCCUGGGCGUCUUGCAGAGAGGGUUGUACCAAAGAUCUAUUUGAAUGCACCCAAAUUCGUGUCAACUACAAGCUUGGGUACGCUCAAAAUAUAUCAGCCACAGAAUACGAGGCGCUCAUAAGGGCAGAGAGAUCUCUAAGAAAAGAUUACGAUUACGAAAAUUACGAAUCGCCUUUAGAUAAACUUGAUCCAGAAAUGGAAGAAGAACUACCAGAAGUAAUACCAACUGGUUUGCAGGGAAACGAUUCUGAAUGGUACUUUACUGGUGCUAGAUUAUUUCCGAAUGUGAAAGGAUGUGGUUACCCACCAGUUUUGAAUUGUACAAUAUUUUAUGGGAAGUACAAGCCCAUAGGCACGAAUUACAGUUGUUACUAUAGUCGUGUAGAUCCUGGUUUAGUGAUCACGGAUUUAGAUAUGUGGCAGAAUACGCUCAAUUUAGUUUAUGCCAUGGCUAUACCGAUUCCAUCCUUUAUUAUUUCCGUGAUAUACCUUACAUUUGCAUAUUUUAUGAUAUACAAUACUGAGGAAGAAUCUGAACAAGCGCCUUUACAAAGCGAUGCUGAAGGUAUGGCUACAGGUGAUGAAGGUAAACCUACCACACCUGGGUCAGACACAUUUCGAGAAGAUUUGGCUUGCUUUGGUCAUCAGCUCAAGCUACAACUGGCUAAUGAGAAGUCUAAAGAAGGUUUUGAAUCUAACAGCCCACCGAUCUCCAACUCAGCAUCAUUGUCUGGGACUAAAUCAUCUUUCGUGAACGCCUAAAGAACCAGAGUCACAAAGAUGACAUAGCUCCUGAAGGUUUGGGUAUAAGGUGUACCAUGAGUUGUAAUGGACAAAUGAAGACAAUUUUGCAGUGUGUGAUGCUUUGCUUCUGCUUAAGAGAUAAUUACUCAUACAAUGUGUUGUGAAUUAGGAAGAUUUUCUUUUACAUUAGUAUAAAACUAUUGCAUACAAACGUUAGGUAAGUUUACAUAUUUUUUCGCGUUGUAGUCUUAAGUAGUAUAAGUUAAUUUAAUAUUUAAUAAGUGAACAUUAUUGCGAAAGAAAGCAUUAUGUAAUAUUAUUAAUAAUUGCGAUUUUGUACGCUGAUGGCUAUGUAAUGUUGAGAUCGAGAAAAUAUUGCUGGAUCGUUAGAAGUUUCUGGAAAAUGAAACAGCAAAAAUUUUGAUAAAAUAUAUUAUUUGGAACAGUAACAAUAUUAAUUACAAACGAAGUCCAAUUUUGCUUUGAUAAUUCAACAGAUAUCUUUACUUUAUUAUUAUUUUAUUAAGUCCUGAAACUCAAAUUUUAAACGUUUGGAAAAGAAUAUCAAAGUUCUCUGCAAUUUUUUUAACUGAUUUCGGCGCCAUCACGUUAAACUGCAAACAUUAUUAAAGAUCAUCAAAUCGAGCCGACUUGACUCAAGCUGAAAUUUGGAAGUUUUUAGCAGCAAAGUAUUUUUAAUCAACAUUAGAUAUGAAGCUUACUUAUUUAUUACUUUCUUGCAAUUUCAAAAUUUGGAUGUUAUUUGAAGUUAUCAACGAGUAGUAUCCCAAUUUACCAGUUUUUGAAUUUAAUCAUCACAGACACUCACAACUCUUCUCAUUAUAAUGUUAGUUAAGAUUUGUUUUAACAUUAUGUUUGUAACAUUAUUAGUAUGAUAUUUCUAUUCUGCAGCUUAUUGGUAUUUUAGUAUCAAAUUACUUUUACUGUCACUUAGUAUAUUUUUCAUAUUAUUAAAACAAUUAUCAUUACCAAAUUUUGUAUCUAUGGAUGGAAAUUCAUUGAUUUUUAAUAUUUUCUUAGGGUCUUUGCCUAAGCCUUAUUAAAUAGUAUAUUUUCAUUUCAAUGCAUGAAAAUAUACUAUUUUAUUUUCAAUAUUUUUUGUAAAUGAUUAAAAACACUUGUAUGUAAAUUAUUAAGUUUACACAACAAUACUCACCAAACGUAUGUAAAAUAAUAUAAAAUAUAAGUUAAAUCUUAUCUACUUGUUUGCUAAUAACUUUACGUGUAGGUAUUUAGUUUAAGUUUAAGUUAUAAUUACAAGAUGAGCGGUGCUUAUGCUCAAUUUAAUUCCUUUUUAAUAACCUUAUACUGCACGACGUAUAAUUUAUUAUUUUCUCUUAAACUUCUUCACCUUAAAGUCUAUCCUAAGGAAUAUCUGGAUUUAGAAUAGAUUUAAAAUAUACUAGCGUAUGGAUUAUAAUAAUAAAUAAAUAAACUUCGUAUAUUUCAAUGAUUGCAUAUUAUUAGUGAUAAACAAUAUAGAAAUAAACAAAAAUGAUUAAAAACCAAAUUUUACAUUUAUCGCACAAUUAAAACAAUUUUGAAAAGUAUGUGUGUGUAUGUGAGUUUGGACCUUUAUGCCCAAUUAAUGGUCAAAGCUCAAACGCACAUGUACACACACAAUCACUCAGUCACUAACACACACAUACACACAUAGAUGACCUGAUGUCAAUGUGUGCGUUAGCUAUUUUAAUAUUCAAAAUUUGUUAAGAAGCUAAUCCCAAGCUUGGCUUACUGUUGACGUCUUGUCAAUCAAAACCGGUUACACUUACAAUAGUUGUUUUUCCCUUUCGCAAGGUUUGGUUGUCUAUUCGUAUUAGUAUAUUGUAAAUCUAUGAUCUAACCUUUAUUGAUUAUUUUCUUUAGUCUUUGAAGAAUCACAAUUAUUAUAGGGCAUACAAUUGGAUAUUAUAAUCAAUAAUGGAUAUCCCAGUAGUAUUUAAUGAAUAUUCCGUCCCGUGAGUGAAGUGUUUAAAAAUUUAUCUAUGCCUUGACGAGUCAUCAAACGAUUUUGUCACAUUUUCUUAAGAAAAUUAAUUUUCAGAUGAAUCUGAGAUUUUAUUCGAGUAUGUAAAGUUUAAAAAUAAAAAAUAAUUACAAUUGUAUAGUUUUCAGACUGCGCCCUAUGCUUGUAGUAUAAGGUUAUAUCAUUUGCCAAAUUUUAUAGUCCUAUGUCAACAGUAACCCGGUAGUAAUUUUGAGUUCCUUGAGAGUAUCGAAAAAUAGCUGUCGUUUUCUGCACCACAAACGGCCGUAUCUUUUUUACGUUAAGUAAAAAGUUUGAUUUUUUCACACUAUCGAUUGAAUUUCAAUUCGAUACAUCAAUGCGUUCCCGAGGUAAAGGGUCUUAACAGACAGAUGAACUGACGGUGUGAUUAAAAAGUGAUCCUAAAAGCUAUCCGUUUUUUCUUUUUGCGGUAUUGAACCCUGAAAAACAUGGCAAAGAUGAUAAAAGCUCUCUUAAGGAUACUUCGACUUUUAAAAAUUCUUAGAUCAUUUAGAUUUCGGCUAACACUAUAUUUGGCCUUCAUUUAUUUCAGGAUAUUUCCAUUAUAAGAUAUACUGAUAAACAUCCAACAAUAUUGAACUAAAUCAUGUACAAUUUUGUUCUAAUUUUCAGUGCUUGAAAAUUUAAUAUUUUUUUUAGAGUAGACAGGCAAGACGUUCGCUGGGUAGUACCCUGUCCAUUACAAAAUACUCUCGAUUUUUGAUUGAACCCAAAAGUAUGAGCUGUAUCGCAAUUCCGUUCAACACUUUAAACCAUGUUAAAUCUGAAAUAAUAUAGAAAUACAGGGCUGUUUCGUGACAGAAAAUAUGCCGUUGUGAAACCUACUUAUCUGGCAUUCUGUGCACCUCCCACUGUUAUAAUCAAUGACGUUUUCUACAUAUGAAGCCAUAUAAUUCACACACUGAUAGCGGACCGGCAAAAGUGUGCUUAAAGACAUUGAAAGCACACUUUUCUCCUUAGUCGUGUAUCAACUGUCACUGUCCGAAUCAAACCUGAACUAAAUAAAUGUUUUACAUUGCUGCUUAUUCAGGAAUGAGAUUUAAAACAGCUGGAGUAAAUGCAGCAAUGUAUAGAUAUAGCAGUCGAGGCUUCUUAUGGUGUAAUGACAUGUUGUCUAUAUGUAAAGAACGUCAUUGGAUAUAAGCAAAUUUUUUCAGAUAUUUAAUAAAAAAUCUAAUUGUAAGUUUUUCAUCGUAAACGUAUUUACUGUACAGCUUUUUGAAAAUUAAUUUUACCAAAUAAUACAUUGAUUAGGGGCCAUCCCUAAGAUACGUUGCACAAAUUUUACGCAUUUUUAACAUCUUUUUGUGACCCUCCCCGCUGCUGCGAUGUCAUUUUUUUUUAAAUUUUGUUAUUAUUAGAUUUAAAAUAAGUAUAGCUAUUUUUUUAAUUGUUUUAUAGAUCGGACAGCGAUUCGGCGCUCACUAACUACUUAAACCUACAGAAGCCUUAUAAAUAAAGAUCGGGUUAUGAAUAUUUCUUUAAAUUUUGCAUUACAUAUUUAUAUUACGUUAUGUGAAAUAUUAUUGAUGACGACGACCCUAUAGCCCAGUGGUUAGUGACCCUGCCUAAUGAGCCCGGUCCCGGGUUCGAAUCCCGGUAGCUGCAAUCAUUUAUAUGAUGAAUAUAUGUUUGUUUCCGCGUCAUGCAUGUUUAUUUGUAUUUAUGUAUGUUUAAGUAAGUAUAUUGUAUUUAAUAUAUCAUUGUCUUGUACCCAUAGUACAGGCUAUGCCUAAUGUGUCAAUAUAAUACUUAUUUUAAAUUUAUUUUUGAUUUAAGCAUGCGACAUCGAAAGCUUUUCAACCGCCUCCCCCCUCCCUUGUCCCCUCCCCAAAGUGUGAUGUAAUUUAUAGAUGGCCCCUUAAUCAUAUUCAAAUAAUUGAAACAAUGUUAUUUAUAAAUAUUACUUACUAUACGUAUUUUGCUAAUGUCAAUGUGGUUGUAUUUAAAACAUAUAAGGCUUGUGAAUAUUGCGAAAUCUAGGCUUAAUAUUUAUAACAAUAACAAAAUGUAGCAUGCGAUGUAAGCUAUAAGUAAAUUAUAAAUAAAGUUUAACUAAAAAAUAUAUUUAAUGUUUAUUGAAAUUAAUAAUUUACUUCGUGUCGUAAAUAAAUAAUUAUUGCAAAUAUUUAUUAUAUUAUUAAAAUGUUUAUUUCGUACCAGAAUAAGUAAGAUAAAAAAUUUCGAGAACCUAUAUUUUAUUAGUAUUAAAAAAGUUGACACUAAUUGAAUAAAAAUUAUAAUAUGAAAAAAAUAUGAUUAGAUAGAUAUUAUAUAGUACCCGGAUACAUUAUCUCUAGACCUGACGUCGAUGACGUCACAUCGUCGCUGUGGUACCGUGUGCAAAACAAGCAUUACUAAAUAAUAUCCUAAUAUUAUUAUUAGUAAAUAAACUACGAUUUAUUUUUUCAUUUGUAUUAUUGAAUGAUGCAAAUUAUUAAAUUAUUGUGUUGCGAUGUGGAUUAUUAUUAUUAUAAUGAUGAAAAAUCAAUGAAAACUCAAGGUUAAGUAAAGAGUAUAAUAUACCUGAGAGCCUACAUCACUAUUAACAAUCAGAGUCAAACAAUGCAGAAACAAACUUCAAAAACAAAGCAGUUAUAGCACGAUCAACGACAUGUACCUAACGGUAAUGAAGAUGCAAACCGUACUGAUGCAUCAUCACGAGCGCGAGGGGGUGAAAGGGAAACGGGGGGGCUUCACGUUCCAGCGAGGUCUGGAGAUAAUGUGGCCUUGUAGUAGGUUAGUAGGUAAUUGAAUAAGAACGCUUAGACUGUCGGUGUUAUUAAUUGGUAUAUAAAUUAUUAGCUAGAUGAUGGCAAACGUCAUACACGCACGCACACUUAGGAUAAAAUUAAAUACUAGAUUAUUUCAUUAAAACCCCUCUCUAACAUUCCUAUAAAGUGUAACUGUUUUAUCAUUUAAAUAUAAAACAGCAAAAUUUCAAGUUCAAACAUUUAAUUAUCUAAGAUCAUCGCAAUAACAUAAUAAAAGAAAUCCAAUUACGUGAACCAGCUCCAAAAUAAUAAAACCACUAUGAUAAUUUUUCGCAAUCUGCAAAAAGCAUAUAUUUUUGGCAUAUAUAUUCUCACAAAAGCAACAUCAACGUGGUUACUUUUCGUUGGCUACAUAACAUAAUGACUAAAGAGAAAUGUUACGGGCAAUGUUUAUAAUCCGGUAUUAUGUACAAUGCCUAGGCAAUUUAUAGAAUACCCAUAAGUUUCGGGCAAUGUAUGAAAAAUUAUUCAAUUUAUGCUUUGCCUGGGUAUUGUGUAAUAAGUAGCCUUUAAUAUUGUUUAACGAACAUCUUUUUAAAUGAUAUCAUUUCUGUCUCCGACCCAAAAAAUUAAACAGUUAUAUCAUGAUGAUCUGUAAUGACCUACUAUGACUACGCAAAAAGUGUUUGAGGUGUUGAAACAGUUAGUUUUGACCACAAUCUUAGAGAAACGAGCAAUAAAUAUAAUAAACUUGGAAACUUUAAUUAAAAGAAAUUAAUGAUGGGCUAAAUUUGAUUUAGAUGUGACAGAAGGUUCGGAAUGGAGGAUUCAUUAACUAACCCAUCUGUAACUGCUUAUAUAAAUUAACACAAAUAAUUAAAAAUACGAUCAAAUAUUGUUUAAAUGCAAAAUUGUGAAAAUUUAUGUAGUAGUAAUUGAGUGGAACAAAAUAUUAAUGGCUUUACCUUCAAUCCAUUUCAUUUACACACAAAAACGUCCGACCUCGUCAAGCGAUUACCAGCCAGUAUUUUUCACAACACCGGGAGACUGUUUGCGCUACAUAAGAAUACUAUUAAAUGGACCAUAAAAAUAAACAAAUUUCACACAUUGUUUGGACAGCGUAAGUGUACUGUGGAUUGCCAAGGUAUAUCGAAUGUUUGAAAUAUACACAUUGCCCGUAACAUUAUAUGCGUUAAAACUAUUAUGAUAACUUGUGUGCAUUUUGAG